AUGGCGAAACUCGACGAUUUUCUAACAAAAAAAAAAGAAACCGUCCCAAUUCUCGAUAUGUCGAAAACAGUCAUAAAUUCCAAAGAAGAAUUCAGGAGGUUAUUGGAACGAGUUCCAGAUUUUAGAAUCAAACCGGAAAAAGUCCUACCGGAAACGAUAAAAAUAAGAGAGAAAAAUUUCAAAUUCAAGAUAAACAAGAAUGAAGUUAAACGUAAUAAAGAAAAAUAUAAUUUUAUGAAUCCUCUACCAGUCGAAAUGAUCGAUCUGAAAUUGGAAGAUCUGUGCGCUGUUUCCAUUGACUGGAAAAUGUUGACGGACCUUAGACCCAAGAGCAAGAUCGAAGAAAAUUAUUUCUCGAGGUUAAUAGAGAUUGGAAAAUUGCAAAACAAAAGCCGGGCACAGGAACGGCGUCAGUUCCAAAUGGAUUCGCAAAUCAGAAAGAGCAAAAAUAAAUGCGGGGUCGUCGAAACUAGGGUGGUAUCCUGUACGGAAUGCGGGGAAGAUUUCUGCAACGGUAAAAGCUGCUGCAAAUAUGGUUAUGACACCUUCGCCAGGUUGCAAGAAUUACCAACGGAAACGGAAAAGAAAAUGCCUCCCAAUUCGGGGGCUAUACCGAAAAUAAAAAUAAAACAAAGAUCCAGAUCGAAAAGUAAAACCAAAAGACGAGAUAAAAAGAAAUCGCCAACGAAGCGAGAAUCUAAAACGAGAAAAAAAUAAAAA